CGCGCCGGGAGCGGGCCCGCCCGGCGCGCGGGGGUGCGGCCGUGAUCCCGCGCCGCGCUCCCGGCACAUCCCGGCACAUCCCGGCACGACAUGGCCCUCAACAAGUCCAUGCACGCUCGCAACCGCUACAAGGACAAGCCGCCCGACUUCGCCUACCUGGCUGGCAAGUACCCCGAGUUCCAGCAGCAUGUGCAGACCACCCUCGCGGGCAGGGUGAGCCUGAAUUUCAAGGAUCCCGAGGCCGUGAGGGCUCUGACAUGCACCCUCCUGAAGGAGGAUUUCGGGCUGACCAUCGACAUCCCCGUGGAAAGGCUCAUUCCCACCGUCCCUUUGAGGCUGAACUACAUCCACUGGGUGGAGGAUCUCAUCGGCCACCGGGACGCUGAGAAACAAACCCUGAGACGAGGCAUUGACAUAGGGACAGGGGCAUCCUGUAUCUACCCAUUACUUGGAGCAACUUUGAAUGGCUGGUAUUUCCUUGCAACAGAAGUGGAUGACAUGUGCUUCAAUUAUGCCAAGAAGAAUGUGGAACAGAACAACUUGUCUGAUCUUAUAAAAGUGGUUAAGGUGCCACAGAAGACUCUUCUAAUGGAUGCGCUGAAGGAAGAAUCUGAGAUCAUUUAUGAUUUCUGCAUGUGUAACCCCCCUUUUUUUGCCAACCAGUUGGAAGCUAAGGGAGUUAAUUCUCGAAAUCCACGGCGUCCCCCUCCCAGUUCUGUAAAUACAGGAGGGAUCACAGAAAUCAUGGCUGAGGGAGGAGAACUAGAAUUUGUCAAAAGAAUUAUUCAUGAUAGUCUCCAGCUUAAAAAGAGGUUACGAUGGUACAGUUGCAUGUUGGGGAAGAAAUGCAGUUUAGCACCACUGAAAGAAGAACUUCGAAUCCAGGGGGUUCCUAAAGUCACUCAUACUGAAUUCUGCCAGGGACGCACCAUGAGAUGGGCGCUGGCCUGGAGUUUCUAUGAUGAUGUGCAAGUACCUUCACCUCCCUCUAAAAGAAGAAAACUAGAAAAACCACGAAAACCAAUUACAUUCCUGGUUUUGGCUUCUACAGUCAAAGAGUUAUCCAUCAAAGCUGCAGCUAUGGGCUGGGAUGCUGUAGAAGCUAUUGCUGUGGUUAGAGCCUGGGUAGAGAAGAUUCUCACUGAUCUGAAGGUUCAGCAUAAACAUGUUCCAUGUGGAAAAGAUGAAAUUAGCCUCUUUGUGACUGCCAUUGAAAACUCCUGGAUUCAUUUGAGGAGAAAGAAACGAGAGAGAGUAAGGCAAUUACGAGAACUUCCUCGAGCUUCUGAAGAUAUUCUGCAAGCAAUGGAGGAGGAAAAGAACAGCCAGAAGAGUGUGAGCAACAACUCGGACUGUGAAAACCCCAAGGCUGAAGACUCUGAAAUGGGGUUUAUGGCACCUGAUGAGGAUGUCCAGAUGACAGCAGGUGAACCAGAGGAAUCUGCUGCCAAAGAAGAGCACAGUGAUCCUGUGAAGGAAGAGGAGAUGGAGGAAAAGCAGGGAGAAACAUCGCUUGGGAAAGGUUCUGGUGAUACGAAGGAGGAACCUUGCCCUUCAGAGGAAGCUAGCAAUCUGACAGUGGAAAAAGAGCAAAGCCCUAAAGAAACUAGUGGGGGUUUUCUCUUCAAGUGUUUAAUGAAUGUGAAGAAAGAAGGAAAUGAUGUGGUAGUAGAAAUGCACUGGGUUGAAGGACAGAACAGAGACUUGAUGAACCAGCUGUGCACAUACUUACGGAACCAAAUUCUUCGAUUGGUUGCUAGCUAGCUCUUUUUCCUAUUUUGGUAAAGUAGGUCUGUCCUCAAAUUUUUAAACUAUUUUUAAUGAAUUAAAAUUUUCAGAUAGAAAAUCUGUCUUUUCCCCUGAAGAGUAGAAUGAAGAUAGAUGACUCCUUUAAUAUUUUAAAUAGCUUUUUCAAAGAUGUAAGGAGGGCAUGAACUGAUGAGGAAGUAGUAGAUUUCAUACUGCAGCUGUAAAAUUAUAUGUUGAAGUGAAACAUAUUUAUGCUGUGAGGAUUUUAAAUAUCAGCAGUGCUUAUUCUGGAACAAUAGAAAUAUAUAUUGUUAUUAAGUAGAAAUCUUUACUGAGUUAUUUUCUUCAGUAUUUUUUCAGUACUAAUACAGGAAACGGUUAUUCUGCAGUGGGAAUUGUUUCCUGCAGUGAGGAGUCUUUAGCAGAGGAUUUUAGUAUGCCUCUCUUUAAUGUAUCUAACUUUUGGUCAACAGAGUAGCAGCGUGUAUACAUUCUUCAAAUGUCAAUUCAUUAAAAUAAUUGCUUUGGGAAAAAAGUGUGUAGUCUGGUGCUUGGGCUUUGAAACACAGAAGAGCCUACUGUUGGCAUCUGGUUUUGUAAACUUGAACAAUGAAAGAAGCUUUUUGAGCUGCUUGAUUUAAAGACGAUUAAAAUACAUUGACUCUUCCAUUAGACCAUCCUUUACACUUACUCAGAUACAAGUGUCUGUUUAAGCAGUAUUAAAGAAUUUUGCUUCCAUUUAAAGAUGGGAAUGAGAGCACACGCUCUUCUUUCAAGGGCCAGAAAUUUCUGCGUGUAUGUGUUUGAGAUGAUGAGCACCAGUCUUGCUUCAUGUGAAGUCAGCCUCCUAACCUGUGAUCCAUUUCUCUGAAGAGAGAUAACAGAAUAUGGAGAACUUUAAUGAGUUGGGUGUGUGUGUGUUAAUAAAAACAAAAUAAAGCAGUGGUGUCUAGAAGGAAAUAACUGCGUGUGUUCAUAGUCCUGCUUUCAAUGUUCACCCUUUGCUGUCCCUGGUUUUGGG